AUGGGUUCGACUAAUGCGGAGCUAGAGCAGAAGGUUCCUAGCAACAUUGCCCGCCAGGACGAGGAAAAUGUGACCGACUCUGCGACUGACUCACCUGCCGUGAAGCCUCAAGAUGAGCUUACAUUCGACACAGGCUUGAGGGCAUGGCUCCAGGUGCUCGGCUCAUUCUUCCUCUUCUUCAACUCAUGGGGUGUUAUCAAUACAUGGGGUGCAUAUCAAACGUACUAUGAGUCCAACUUACUCUCCGGAACGUCUUCUUCCACAAUUGCCUGGAUCGGUUCUCUCCAAUCAUUCCUUCUAAUGCUUAUCGGAGUCGUCACCGGCCCAUUGUUCGACGCUGGUUAUUUCCGAGAACUGAUCAUAUUCGCCAACUUUAUGCUGCCAUUCGGCCUGAUGAUGACCAGUCUCGCCACUGAAUAUUGGCAGUUGAUUCUCGCGCAGGGUAUCUGUGUCGGCCUGGGUGCUGGUUGUCUCUUUGUGCCAUCUGUAGCUAUCCUGCCCCAAUACUUCCGGGAAAAGAGAGGUCUCGCCAAUGGUCUAGCCGCCAGCGGCAGUAGCAUUGGUGGUGUAGUCUACCCUAUCAUGUUUGAUCAGCUGCAGAAGCAAGUCGGGUUUGCUUGGGCUACUCGAACAAUCGGUUUCCUAUGCUUUGGAACCAUCCUCAUCUCUCUUAGCUGUAUGCGCCUUCGUAUUCCUCCUAAGGAGAAGCGCAAGCUCUACCAGCUAUCAGCUUUCAAGGAGCCAGCCUACUGUCUCUUCACAGCCGCCAUGUUCUUUGGAUUUCUUGGAUUCUAUAACUUCCUCUUCUAUGUCCAGUCAUUUGCCAUUGACAAUGGUAUUGUGGAUGCUAAUUUGGGAUUCUACCUACUCUCCAUGCUCAACGCCGCUUCAACCUUCGGUCGUAUUGGACCGAACUUCAUUGCCGACCACACUGGCCCGCUUAACAUGCUCACUCCAGCUGUCACCAUCACCUCCAUUCUAGCAUUUGUGUGGAUUAGCGUUCACACCGUCCCGGGAAUCAUCAUUUUGGCCGUCUUUUACGGUUUCUUUUCCGGUGGAUUCGUGUCAAUGCCACCAGUUGUCAUGGCUUAUAUGACACCCGAUGUUCGUGAUCUUGGUACUCGCCUUGGUCAGGUUUUUGCUACUACCUCCAUUGCUCUGCUGAUUGGUACUCCUAUUGGUGGUGCCAUUCUAAGCAAAACUGGCUCGUACUUGGGAGUUCAGCUUUUCACCGGCUGUUGCCUCAUUGUAUCUGCCGUCCUCUUUGCGUCGUUGCGAGUUAUGCGAUCUGGUCCCCAUUUCAUUUAUAAGACUUGA